UUUGAUUUCGUGGAAGAAGAAAGCAAUCCACCGACCAUAUGUGCAAUUGCUCGGGCAGGUCGUUGUGCCAGAUCAGCUCGAGAUCCAGAAGUUUUUCCGCCGGCGCGGGGCAGCACCACACAAGUCGCUUGACCUUGGCUCCGUCACUUGGCGAUGCCGCACCAAACAUCUCCAACAACCACGCGACCCACGAUGCAAGCAAACGAUGAAGUGUACAACUACUUCUCCGAGUCGAACAGCGAUGACCCGGAAGAUGGAUACCAAGGGCGUGGCCGCCUUCCACCAGUUGCAGACAUGUCGACCAGAGACAUGAAGCUACAACCGCACGGACCAACGACAUCCAUCCAGCAAAAUCCUACCGGUGGUGAGUCGAUCUGGUUCAUGUUGCUUCUGUGCGCGCCGCGCAUGGCAACAAGCAUGGCAUGGUCUGCCCAAUGGGCUGCCUUCGGCCCUCUUCUCUCGACCAUUUUUGGAGCAUCGUGGAAAGUGCAACUCAUCCAGAUUAUCGGCCCCAUAACUGGUUUGCUUGUCGUUCCGGCGAUCGGCGUCCUCAGCGACCACAACAACAGCGCAUAUGGCCGCCGGCGGGGGUAUCUUCUUGGUGGUGCGGUGGCGACUCUCUUAUGCUGGUCCCUCAUGAUGAAUGCUCAGUCUAUCGGACGCGCGUUGGGCGACACCUCAACUGAUCAACCCAUGACUGCAGUCUUCGUUGUGGUGUGCUACCUGUGGAUGGACAUCAGCGUCAAUGUGAUACAGACCAGCGCCAACUUGAUCAUUGCCGACUUUUCCGGGUACAAACAAGUGACGGGGUUUGCCAUUGCGUCGAGCUAUGGCGUUGUUGGAAGUAUGUUUGUGUCUGGAUUCAUUUGGACCUUUGGCCCGGCGCACCAAUCGACCCAGUGGUUCUUCCUCAUGCUUAUCGGGGUGGUCCUUAUCACGGUGUUUCCCGUCUGUGCUUUUGUGACCGAAGUCCCGCUCGCGUACCUUCCGCAUGACAGAACUUCGUCCAUGAUGUGGCAGUAUGCUCCAGGAGGCCAAAGCGUGCUCCGCUUCAAAGAUGCAGCACUUGGCUUUUACCGUGGAGUUCGGUACCUACCGCGGCAACUCGCUGUAUUCUGCGUUGUCGUCGUGUGCGUCACGUAUGGUUUCAACGCGUACAAUGGCGCGAAGAGUGUGUAUUGGGGUGAAUACGUCUUUAACGGAACAUCCACAAACGCCAACACUUGUGACCCCACAUGCUCUCCGGCUCAAGGCCUUUUCAAUGAUGGCGCGAAGUUGGCCGGUGGGCCAGUCGACACUGCUUUCAACAUCGUCAGCUUGAUCAACCUCGCCUUGCUUCCGUCCCUGGUUGGUCGCUUCGGUGCCCGCCGCGUGCUCCUCUGGUCCACGACGCCACAGAUUCUCCUGGUUAUCAUGACAUUUUCUCGGAUUGUGGUGCUGGACAUCAUUGUCGUUACUUUGUGCGCUGUUUCCCAAUCGACGAUCAUGGCGCUUCAAAUUCCCGCUGUCAUGCACGUCAUUGGGUACGGCGAGCAAGAAGGACUUGGACUCUACGCUGGUGCGUUCAACUCGGCGAUUUGUGUUGGGCAGCUGUUGAACUUUGCGCUGUCGAGUGUUCUUGUCAGUACCCCCAUGGGCCCUGCCCUUCCUAUCCUCUUGGGAGGCAUCUUGAGUCUCGCUGCGUUCCUUAUCGUGCGCAAGCACUUCACCCUCCACAUGAAGACAUACUGAUGUCACUUCAACUUUGGCGCGCGAAUUUGAAAAUGGACCGUCGAACGUGUAAAACUAAAUAUUAUUAUGCUGUA